AUGGGUUGCAGCCCAGGAAAGUUGGAUGAACCUGCGACCAAGGCUGCCUUGGGAGCCAUCACCAAGGAGUAUCCUGUGCGAAUGCCGUGCUUGCCAGGUGAUGUGUUAGUGAGUGGAAACUUGCCCGAACACGUGGUGGGGCAGCUGGCGGACCACUGCAAAGGAUGGAUCUAUGUGAAUCCGGAUUCCGACCCGCACUUCAUGCCACAAGCAAUCAAGUCGAAAGGCUCCAAGUUGGAAGUCGUUCCCUUCAAGCCUGCCAAGGAUUUGUCCUCCGGCGUGGUUGAUCAAUUGGUGAAAGCUAUUGCGGAUAUGCCUCGGCCACUCAUGAUCCAGUGUACCUCAGCAAAUCGAGCAGCCAUUGCCCUUUUGCUUUGGCUGGCCAGGGAACGAGGCUACACCCGAGGCUCCGCCGAGCUCUUGAUCUCAGAUCUGAGUCUCGACACCGUGCGCCCCGACGCAGCGCAAUGGCUCAGCAGCCGCUUGCCCGAUCUGGAGACGCCAGAGAACCCCCGCGUGCUGGUGCCCAGGAGCCCCGAGGUCCAGCAGCUCUUCGAUGUAGAGACCAGCACCUUCAGCUACCUGCUGAGCUGUCCGGAGACCUCCGAGGCGGUGUUGAUUGAUCCAGUGUUGGAGCAAAAGGAGCGAGACCUGAAGGUGAUCAAAAACUUGGGCCUUACCUUGAAGUAUGUCAUCAACACCCAUUGCCAUGCAGAUCACAUCACUUCGGGUGGGAAGAUACGUGAAGACAUGCCCUCUGUGAAGACCAUAAUCUCAGAAGCCUCAGGAGCGAAGGCUGAUCUGCACAUUCGGCAUGGGGAUAAGAUCAGUUUUGGCAAUCUUUGCUUGGAAGUGCGUGCUACUCCGGGACACACGGAUGGCUGCGUGACGUUUCUUUUGCAGACCAAGAGUGCAAGUUUUGCUUUCACGGGUGAUACUCUCCUCAUCAGAGGAUGUGGGAGAACUGACUUUCAGCAAGGUGAUGCACGUUUGCUGUACAAGAACGUGCAUGAGCAGAUCUUCACUUUGCCGGGCGAGACCUUCAUUUGUCCUGGCCAUGACUACAAGGGUCGCAGCAUCUCCACUGUGGAGGAAGAGCGACGUUUCAACCCACGCUUGACCAAAAGUGUGGAGGAAUUCGUCCAAAUGAUGGAGAAUCUGGGGCUGCCAUAUCCGAAACAGAUUGAUGUGGCGGAGGAGACGGCUCCGAAAGAGGCUCCCAGCUUGUCGGAGGCGUCCACUCGCAUCGAUGAGCAGGUGUCCAACUUGGAGGCGAAGAUUCAAAAGACCGACGAAGAGAUCAAGAGCCUUGUGGCCAAAGGGAGCUCCAAUCCGACGGCCAAGGCAAAAGCCCUUCAGGCGAUGAAGAAAAAGAAAAUGUACGAACAGCAAAGGGAUCAACUCCUUGCUACACAGUUCAAUGUUGAAAACCUUGCCUUUCAACAAGAGCAAGCUGAAAUCACUGCAAUGGCAGUGAAUGCCAUGGCUGCUGGCCACAAGACAUUGAAGGAUCAAACCGAGCAAGUGGACAUUGGCGCUGUGGACAAACUCAUGGAUGACAUGGCCGAUUUGCAGGAUGAGAUGAAGGCCAUGAAUGAAGCCUUGGCACAAGGGACUAUGGUGGAUGGUGCUGCGGAUGACGAGUUGGCGGCAGAAUUCGCCAAGCUGGAAGAGGAAGCAGCUGCCAUGACCUUGGCUGGAGCGAUGGGUUCCACGGAGAAACCUGCCGCCGAGCCCGCCGGCGGCUACGCCGCGCCCUCGGCCGCCGCGGCACCGGUGGGAGAGGCUUUGCCCAGCGCGCCACCCUAG